UCUCUUAGUAUUUACAGAAAACUCGACAUUGAAUGAGGUUGAGAAAUUCGUUUACGUAUUAAAACAAAAGAAAAGUUAAAAUUUAAAUAAAUAAAAUACAGUAGCAGUUGUGAUAAUGUGCGGAAUAUUUGCUAUUUUUUCAAAGGAUGGUGAACCCAUCAAACCUAAGGUGUAUCACGGAAGUCUGCACAGUUUGCGGGAAAUUGCUUACAGACAAAGCGGCAAGCAAAGACAUCGGGGUCCUGACGACACAGGAGUUUGUCAUAUACCAGAACAGGGAGUUGUCAUGAUACACGAACGUUUAGCUAUUGUGGGCGUUCAUACAGGACACCAGCCCUUAUAUUCUGAGAACAAAAAUGUCAUCUUAGUUGCCAACGGUGAGAUUUACAAUUAUUUGGAGCUGUCAUACGGAAUUGCCAAAAUUCGUGGGCAUUAUAAACCCAAAAGCGAUUGCAAUGUUAUCAUCGAAUUGUACGAAGAAUAUGGAGAAAACUUGUUUGAACAUAUAACAGGCAUGUUUGCUUUCGUCUUGUAUGACAAGCGUUCAAAAACCAUCCUCAUGGCCCGCGAUCCAUUUGGCAUUAUUCCAAUGUAUAUCGGAGAGGAUAGCGAUGGCAAUGUUUGGGUAGCUUCUGAAAUGAAAUGUUUAGUAGAGGUUUGUCCAAAAGUCGAAGCAUUUACCCCAGGCGAAUUUCGCUUUGGAAAAGCGGAUAAUCUAAUCCGAAGGACUUACUUCCAACAGCAAUGGCAGAGUGAAAUACCAAACAUGAGCACAGACUUGACUUUACUAAGGACUAGAUUGGAAAGUGCAGUACGAUCUCAUUUGCAAUGUGAUGUGCCAUUUGGUGCCCUAUUGUCUGGCGGUGUAGACAGCAGUUUAGUGGCAUCGAUCGCUACAAAAAUACGUCGUGAACGUGAUCCCAACUUCAGACUUACCACAUUUUCGGUAGGCUUACGUAAUGCUCCCGACUUUAAAGCCGCACGCCUGGUAGCCGACUACAUAAACAGUGACCACACUGAAGUUGUCUUCGAAAUUGCAGAUGCUUUGGAUGGCAUUCGUGACAUCAUUUACCAUUUGGAGACGUAUGAUGUUACCACAGUCCGUUGUAGUUUACCCAUGUUGCUGUUGGCCCGAUAUAUCAAAAGCACUGGCAUAAAAAUGAUCUUAUCCGGUGAAGGUGCUGAUGAGAUUUUCGGCGGAUAUUUGUACUUCUUUAAGGCCCCCAAUUACACUGAGUUCCAUCAAGAAUUAGUGAAAAGGGUUGCACAACUUUGUGACUCUGAUUGUCUGCGUGCCAACAAAGUAACAAUGGCCAAGGGCAUUGAACUUCGUGUGCCAUUUUUAGAUACAGCAUUUGUAAAUUAUGUGAUGUCUAUAAGGCCGGAAGAUAAAAUUCCGGGCUCUCUCAACUGUUUUGGUGAUGAACAAAAGCAUCGAAUUGAAAAACACAUUUUGCGAGCAGCAUUCGCCAACCAAUAUUUGCCAGAUGAAGUUCUAUGGCGUCAAAAGGAACAAUUCUCCGAUGGAGUAGGUUACGACUGGAUUGAUAGCAUUCGACGUGUAGCCACUGAUCAUAUUAGUGAUGCCGAGUUUGCUAAUGCCUCCGAAAGAUUCCCAAUUAAUACACCGACAACAAAAGAAGCCUACUAUUACAGAUGUAUAUUUACUGAAAUGUUUCCUGGAAACGAUGCUGCCAAAACUGUCAAACGCUGGGUGCCUCGUCUAGACUGGGGCUGUCCAGAGGAUCCAUCCGGAAGAGCUCAAGCAGUGCAUCAAGUUCAUCAGUAAACUGAUGACACGUGUCCAUGAAAGACUGAAUUAUUUGAUAAUUGUAUCUACCUAUAUUUGGUGGAAUAAUAAUAUUUAUUCAUACUUGUAUGAAAAUUUUAAUAUAAAUAUUUCCUUACU